ACAGCUGACAAUGGCGUCUGUUGGCGGAAAGUUAGAAGUUCAUGGAGAGAGUUCCUGCGUUAUCAUUACGAGAAAGCCAAAUAUCGGCUAUGUUUAUAGCCCGGACUAUAUAGAAAAAUGUACUAUGCCAAAAAUUGGUAAUAGGGCAGCAUUAACACAUGAAUUAAUUAAGUCGUGUGGACUAUUGACUAAUGCAACCAUAAUAUCACCAAGAAAAGCCACUACAAAUCACCUAAAACUAUUUCAUUCGUCUGACUAUGUUGAGUUUUUGGAAGCUACUGCCAACGUUGCAGAGUUUAACGAGUCUUUUGAAGAGAAAGCCGCUGAAUUUGAUCUUCGAUACGAUUGCGAAAUAUUUGACGGACUGUUCGAUUAUGUCACAAGCGUUGCUGGUGGUACUUUAACGGCUGUUCAGGCUCUUAUAAUGGGGGUUUGUAGAACGGUUAUUAAUUGGAAUGGUGGAUGGCACCAUGCUCAUAGAGGAAGAGCUUCCGGAUAUUGUUAUGUAAACGAUAUUGUUAUUGGAAUAUUACAUUUAAGGAAGAAAUUCAAGAAAAUUCUCUAUAUUGAUGUUGAUGCUCAUCACGGUGAUGGUGUUCAAGAAGCUUUUGAACAUUCAAAGAAUAUUAUGACUGUAUCUUUUCACAAUUACUCUCGUGGAUUUUAUCCGGGAACUGGUUCAGUAGAAGAAAUUGGUAUAGCCUCAGGAACUGGAUGUAACGUUAACGUUCCGUUGAAGAGUGGUAUCAACGAUACAAUGUUUUGUUAUGUAUUUGAUAGGGUCUUAAAGGAAGUUUCAAACGUAUUUAGUGCUGAUGCUAUAGUUCUACAAUGUGGCGUAGAUGGUUUAUCAAGAGAUCCGACUGCAGCCUUUAACCUAACUGAUGGUGCUUUCGUACAUGUGGCUAAAAAGCUGAAUGAUUUGGAUGUUCCAAUAAUAAUGCUUGGAGGGGGAGGUUACGACGAAAUAAAUGCAGCAAAGUGCUGGACAGCUGUAACUGCUGCAGUUUGCGAUACUGAACUACCAGAAGAUAUACCUGAGCAUGAAUACUUCACAGAAUAUGGACCAUCUUUUGAUAUGGGCGUAGAAGAGGGUAAAUUAAAGAAUUUAAAUGAUGAAAACUAUAUAAAUUCUGUUUUAGAGAAAAUUUCAGCUAAUUUAUCCAAAGUAGUUAAAUAA